GGAAUGCGUACGUACUGGACGUCGAUUUAAAGGCACUCCUUCGAUAAAGUAAUUUUUGACAAAGGAAAACGUGUCAAUUUCACGAGGUUGGAGUAAUAACAUGUUCAAUUUAGACCUGGGCUCGAAUCUAGGUUGUGUAUUGGAAUUUCUAGAAAAUUAACUAUAGAAUACCCUUUCACUUCUGUAAUUGAAUUGUUAAAUCCGAAACCCCGGUCUGUUCUGAUUGCUGUUUCGCAAGCAUUCCCGGAAGCCUCGCUAUGUUGCACCUCUGGCUUUAGAAACUGGGUUAGCAUUGUCUUGAAUAUAUUCCUCCGGACUAAACAUCGAACUUGUUAAAACUUGGUAAUGGUUUCUACAUUUUACAUAAAGUUGAACUACAACAUAAGUUUAAACAAGUUGAGUGCUAGCUAACUACAAAAAGUAAAAGUUACCGGCUACGACAGCAGGAAAUUGACUCCCUACUAGCACUGACGCCAACUAACGUGCUGGCCAGUUCGGUUGACUAACGACGUUAGCCAUUCGAACCUUAGUAGGAGGGAGGACGACGUUGCCAGUCAACGUUAUUAGCCAUGGCCAUGUUGUCUUAUGCUAGUUGUUACAUUACCUAGCCAGCUCUUUGUUUGAUAUGUUGUUCGCGUCGCUAGCCAAUUAUCAGUGUUGAAAAUAUAUGGCUGGCUAGCUUUGAGAACAUCGACAGCAGACCACAUUGAGACCCCUGGAAAUCAGCUGACAGCUGCAGGCAGCCAAGGAGACCAGUCAGUGAUGGAUCAACUCAAAGUCAAGGACCGAAUAUUGGAAAACAUUUCUUCGUCUGUCAAGAAGUUGCAGAGUUACUUUGCUGCCUGUGAGGAUGAAACUCCAGCCAUCCGGAAUCACGACCGGGUCCUACAGCGACUGUGCGAGCACCUUGACCAUGCUCUACUCUAUGGGCUGCAGGAUAUCUCCUCAGGUUACUGGGUACUGGUUCUACACUUCACCCGCAGGGAAGUGGUCCGGCAGGUAGACGAGCUCCAGCACAUAGCAACCAACCUUGGGCGAAGUCGUGCCUGGCUAUACCUAGCACUGAGUGAGAGCUCCUUAGAAAGCUAUCUCCGUCUCUUCCAAGAGAACCAAGGAUUGCUGCAGAAGUAUUACUUCAAAAAUGCAUUGGUGUGCAGCCAUGAUCACCUCACACUCUUCCUCACAUUGGUGUCGGGACUGGAGUUCAUUCGCUUUGAUCUGGAGUUGGAUGUCCCUUACUUGGAUGUGGCACCCUACAUGCCGGAGUACUACAAGCCCCAGAAUCUGCUGGACUUUGAGGAGCGCCUUCCCAGCUCUGACAGCCUUUCUCUGCUCUCCUUCACCUCCCUCACCUCUACCAACCUGGAGUGGGACGACAGCGCCAUCGCCCCGUCCAGCGAAGAUUAUGAUUUUGGUGACAUCUUCCCUGUGUUGCAGCCAACUGCAGACUGGGAAGAGGGUGACCUCACCGACCCGGUUAUCUGUCCUCGCUCCAGCGCCUCAGACCCUCAGACGGUCUUCAAAGACUCUGUGAUUCUCCGGGCUGCCAUCAUCCCAGUGAGGGGAACUUCCCCGCCCCGCAGCCCCACCAGACACAACCCCUUCAACGAGGACUCAGACAACAACACCUCGGCCGACAUCACCCCCGUCCACACUGCUAGCCGCCACCCCCACGACACCACCACCACCGUGGACGACACGGAGAGCACCAGCAACGAGCUGGAGGUUAUCAGGAUGGCCAGACGAAGGAAGCCAGCCAAGAAGCGCCAUGCCGUGAAGGGCUCCAGCAACUCCACGGUGAGCAGUGAACAGAACACAGCGGCCUCCGAGCAAGCGGAAGUAGAAGACGGAACCCAGGCGAGAGGGGGAGAGGGGCUGGAUGGAGACUCCUGCAGCCCCUCUGUGGGGCCGCCGCAGGGCUCAGGGGCCGAGACAGUGAGGAGAAGGAGAGGGAUGGGGGAUGAGGAAGGCCAGGAGGAGGAUGAGUCAGAGGGUCUCCUGCGGCUGCCGGAGAUGACUGACACCUCCAUGGACAGUGUGGGCCAGCCCCUACGUGAUGUUAUGGACCGGCUCAAUGGAGCUCUGGACGGGGGGCAGGCCUGGUGGCGACCAGACAGAGAGGAAGAAGAUAAGGGGGAAGAGAGGGAGAAGACCCAUCAGAGUUCCCUCCCUAGAAGGUCCUCCUCUGGCAGCCCUGAAGCCAACUCCCAGCCCCCGGGGCAGCAGCCCUUUCGGGGGGAUCCGAUUAUUGAGCCGCCUGACUCGGAAGCUGGGGCCCCCCUCCUGCUGCACCCUGCUCUGGCCCCGAGCCCCAGCUUCCUGCAGGCCCCUCCGGCCCCUGCAGACCUUUACUGCUUUAUCCCCCACAGUCCAGAUGUUGCUGCCACGCGUGGUGGCCACCAUGACACUGCAGGGCAUGGCCAGCCGCAGGCUCUUCCUGGUGGCCAUGAAGAUGAGAGAGAGGCAGAGGCACCACCAGGACAGGACCCCUUCUUAGAGGAGGCAGGGGUGGUUGAGAAUGGAUUGCCUGCUGGAGAAACUGAACAGGACAGGCUCAGUCCAACAGAAAACUCCCAUUCUGCAGAAUUCAAGGUGGACAACAAUCACCUGCUACUGCUCAUGAUCCACGUCUUCAGAGAGACCGAGGAGCAGCUCUUCAAGAUGGUGAGGAUGAGCACGGGUCACAUGGAGGGAGACCUGCAGCCUCUCUACCUGCUGCUGACUGACUGUUACAUCUAUCUGCUGAGGAAAGGUGCAGCAGAAAAGCCCUAUACAGUGGAGGACGCCAUCUCUUACAAUGAGUUGGACUAUGUCUCUGUGGGCGUGGACCAGCAAACAGUCACGCUGGUCUGCACAAACCGAAGACGGCAGUUUCUCCUGGACACAUCCGACUCCUCGUUGACUAUCUGGUUCCUGGCAGCCCUGAAGUCGGCCAUGAUUAAGGGGUGCAGGGAGCCUCCUUACCCCUCGGUGCUGACCGACGCCACCAUGGAGAAACUAGCCCUCACUAAGUUUGUCUCCCAGGAGUCUCACUGUGAGGUUUCUGAAGUGGUCAUCCGCCUGUAUUCUUUGGUCCACUGGGAGGACCCCAUGGAUGUGACUCUGGCCCCCCAGACAGCCUUGGUGGGUGCUGGAGACUCCUCCAGCACUAAAGAGGGCCCCUUACUCUACAGAGCUGGCACCACCUAUCUGGGCAAGGAGCUGUGGAAGAGCUGUUACGUCGUACUGAGCAAUGGGAAUCUGUACCAGUAUACAGAAAAGAGUGAUGCGACACCACUGAUGUCCAUCACUAUGGGGGGUGAACACUGUGGAGGUUGCCGGCGCUCCAACAGCACAGAGCUGCCUCAUGCCUUCCAGGUGAUCCUCACAGAGCGGCCUCCUCUGGUGCUGAGCGCUGACAAUGAGGGAGACAUGUCCGACUGGAUGCUGGUGCUCUGCCAGUCAGUCUCCAAAGGAGUGAUCCCCCAGGGAGUGCCGCCCACGCCGUGUAUCCCCUGUUGCCUGGUGGUGACGGACAGGGAGUUGCUGACAUGCCACCAGGACUGCCAGACCAGCUUCUUCCGCUCACUGGGCGGAGCUGAGCUCUCUGACAUUAGUUCUGUCAGCCUGGAGGAUGACAAGGAGUAUUGUGUUGUUGAGUUUGCAUCGGACCGAGCUCAGUUCCUGCCUCCCUGGGUGCUGUACUUCAGUGGCUGUAAAGAGAGAGACCGCCUGCUGGAGGCACUAGAGAGUGUCUGGAGAGACAUUUUCCAGGUGUGUCUGCCUCGUAGGAGGGUGUCAGAGCCUUUGGUGCAGAAGCGUUGUGGUGAUGCCCUGGCUCUGAUGAGGAGCGCCUGGCAGAGGAGUGACAGCCUUGCCCGGGGACGCGCCCAGAGAGAGCCCUGGUGCUGACGGACAAACAGACAGGUUGUGAUGGAUAUUUUGCUCAAGGAUCGACGGUCACUUGAAGUGGCCUAAACUAUGAAGAAUGUCUAUGGAGAGUUUACCACUUGGACUGUGACGUUAACAGCACUCGUCUAUUGCCUUUGUCAGCCAUGUUGGUUUACCAUUGGGUUUUCCACUUUUAGUUAUGAUGGUUUGGCAGGUCAAAGUCAGUAUUGGAGUAUCAUAGCGGGGAAUGGGCUAACCUAGCAUGGAUACACUUUUAACAAGAAGGAUGAGAGGAGAGACUAACUUGCCAUCGAAUGCGAGAUUGCACAUUGCUUUUGGGUUUGGUCCAUGUUGUUCGAUUUUGAGGGGACUGAUAAGUUCAUUGGGGUUGUGUGCAAAGUUCAUGUUCAGUGUUGCGUUUUACUUUUAAGCAAAUAGUUGUUUAUUUGUAACACGACUUGUUAUGGUAGUGUAAUUGUGUACAAUUUAUAAAGGGGAUAAGUUUACUUUAAUUUGAUUGUUUUUGUUCUAGUCUUUGUUAUUUGAGUGAGUACUCCUUUAUCAGGUGAGUGUCUGUCAUUGCAUUUUUAGAUGUUGAGAGUGGCCUGGUCAAGAUGUGGGAAGUGUCAAUGUUGUUAUGUUCUACGUCUGGUGGAGGUAUUAGUGCAUCCCUACUUUAUUAUUCUCCCUGUAGUUUUGAUGUUGCUCAGAAGAGAAGGUCGUCGUUAGUUAUUUCAUCCCAUUGGGAGAACACUCAAUGAAGUGGUAAUAUCGCUGUUGAGACUCAACAAACCAUUGCUUGUAGUUAUACUACAGUCAAACCAUAUGCAUAUGCAAAAAUCUAGUUGACUAGUGAUUAUACUACUUCAUUCAUAUGAUUUGUCAUUGCAUUAAUCCAAUUUACCCCUGAAACAAUCUAUCCCCCACCUCAUAUUCUAUUCAUACAUAAGUAAAAGCAAAUCAUCCUCACAAAUAUUAUUUUGACAAUGUAGCUAAUUGCUGAUGUAGACAUGUCAAAAUUCAAUUUUUGUGUUGCUAUUGGCGAGAGGAGAAUUUAUCCAAUGCCAUUGCUAUCCUGGAAUUGCUAUCCUGGAAUUGCUCUAUCAUCAGGAGAAGGUUUCUGGAGGCUUUCAGCUUCAUUGCCAGUUGUUCCUGAUAAUCAUGUGGCCUUUUUCAUUACCUUAAUUUGAUUGGAGACAAUGGCCUCAUGUCCAAUUUUUACCAAAUAAAGUAUUACUCUUGAAUGUGGCCUUAUACUGCUGUUGAGAAUUGGGCUUCUGACAAGUCAUAAUACACACACUGUUUAAGUGUCAGUAUAAGACCUAUGUGUUCCUUGUCUAACCAUUGCAUUAUAGUAAUAGUAGUAAACAUAUUCUCUGCUUUGAGCAUUGUGGUCUUGCCUCUAUUCUGCUUUUUCUGUAGGCGUGGGAAGCCAACAUCCUAGCAUUUUGCAUCUCAGGUUAGAAAUGGUACAAACAAUUUAAAUGUAGUAGCCUAGAUCCCAUGCAGAAAAGACCCAACACCUCAAGCCAGGGGUAACCGUGUCCUACAUUUUAGUUUCAACUGACUUGUCAUUUUAUAUCUCCUUUCGUCUUUUGUUGGUACCUAUCCUAUACUUAAGUCUAUUUUAGAGAAAUGUACAAUUACGGUACUUAUACACUACCGUUCAAAAGUUUGGGGUCACUUAGAAAAUUCAUUGUUUUUGAAAGAAAAGCAAAAAAAUGUGUCCAUUUUUAAAAUAACAUCAAAUUGAUCAGAAAUACAGUGUAGACUUUGUUAAUGUUGUAAAUUACUAUUGCAGAGUUGCAAAGAAAAAGCCAUAUCUCAGACUGGCCAAUAAAAAGAAAAGAUUAAGAUGGGCAAAAGAGCACAGACACUGGACAGAGGAACUCGGGCUAGAAGGCCAGCAUCCCGGAGUCGCCUCUUCACUGUUGACGUUGAGACUGGUGUUUUGCGGGUACUAUUUAAUGAAGCUUCCAGUUGAGGACUUGUGAGGCAUCUGUUUCUCAAUCUAGACACUAUAUUGUACUUGUCCUCUUGCUCAGUUGUGCACUGGUGCCUCCCACUCUUUAUAUUCUGGUUAGAGACAGUUUGUGCUGCUCUGUGAAGGGAGUAGUACACAGCGUUGUAUGAGAGCUUCAGUUUCUUGGCAAUUUCUCGCAUGGAAUAGCCGCAAUUUCUCAGAACAGGAAUAGACUGAUGAGUUUCAGGCCAUUUUGAGCCUGUAAUCAAACCCACAAUGCUGAUUUCCAGAUACUCAACAAGUCUAAAGAAGGCCAGUUUUAUUGCUGCUUUAAUCAGAACAACAGUUUUAAACUGUGCUAACAUAAUUGCAAAAGGGUUUUCUAAUGAUCAAUUAGCCUUCUAAAUAAUAAACUUGGAUUAGCUAACACAACUUGCCAUUGGAACACAGGAGUGAUGGUUGCUCAUAACAGGCCUCCCUGCGCCUAUGUAGAUAUUCCAUUUUAAAAAAUCUGCCGUUUCCAGCUCCAAUAGUCAUAUACAAGCAUUAACUUCUUGACGCUACCAUCCCUGUCGCGCGAUCAUUUUCGUCAGCAACCGCUGAAUAGCAUAGCGCAACAGUCAAAUAAUAUUACUAAAAAAUAUUAAUAUUCAUGAAAUCACAAGUGUAAUAUUGCAAAACACAGUUUAGCCUUUUGUUAAUCCACCUGUCGUCUCAGAUUUUGAAAUUAUGCUUUACAGCGAAAGCAAUCCAAGCGUUUGUGUAAGUUUAUCGAUAGCCUAGCAUAGCAUUAUGUACACGUAGCAUCAGGAAGCUUGUUCACGAAAAUCAGAAAAGCAAUCAAAUGAACCGUUUACCUUUGAUGAUCUUCGGAUGUUUUCACUCACGAGACUCCCAGUUACACAACAAAUGUUCCUUUUGUUCCAUAAAGAUUAUUUUUAUACCCAAAAUACCUCCGUUUGUUUGUCGCGUUAUGUUCAGAAAUCCACAGGAAAGAGUGGUCAGGACAACGCAGACGUAUAUUCCAAAUAGUCUUCAUAAUGUUCACAGAAACAUGUCAAACGUUUUUUAUAAUCAUUCCUCAGGUAGUUUUUAAAAUAUAUAUUUGAUAAUAUAUCAAUCGAGUGUGUAGGUUUUUCAAUAACAGCGGGAGGUACAAUGGCCGCUUUACUCUGUAGCGCAAAAUCUCACUCAGAGCCCCCACCUAUCCACUUACGCAAUGUGAUCUUUCAUGCUCAUUUUUCAAAAUAAAAGCCUGAAACUAUGUCUAAAGACUGUUGACACCUUAGGGAAGCCAUAGAAAAAGGAAUUUGGUUGAUAUCCCUUUAAAUGGAGGAUAGGCAUGCAUAGGAACAGAGAGGUUUCAAAAUAAGAGGCACUUCCUGAUUGGAUUUUCCUCAGGGUUUCGCCUACAAUAUCAGUUCUGUUAUACUCACAGACAAUAUUUUGACAGUUUUGGAAACUUUAGAGUGUUUUCUAUCCUAAUCUGUCAAUUAUAUGCAUAUUCUAGUUUCUGGUCCUGAGAAAUAGGCCGUUUACUUUGGGAAUGUUAUUUUUCCAAACAUAAAAUACUGCCCCCUAGCUUCAAGAGGUUUAACAAUGUCGACACUGUAUUUCUGAUCAAUUUGAUAUAAUUUUAAUGGACAAAAAUUGUGCUUUUCUUUCAAAAACAGGACAUUUUUAAGUGACCCCAAACUUUUGAAAGAUAGUGUAUGUAUUUGAAAAGUUUGUCAAUAUUUGAUUGAGGAAAGGAAAUAUGAAGCAUCUUGGAAUCAUAUGCAGAGUUAAGUGAAAUUUGUUGUUAUGAACAGUAAUUUGAAUGUUGGACAUUGCUGGCCGAUGGUGGAUUACAUAUUUGUAUUGACUAGUUCUUACAUUUAGUUUUUAUAUCUACAGUACCAGUCAAAAGUUCAGCCACCUACUCAUUCCAGGGUUUAUCUUUAUUUGGACUGUUUUCUACAUUGAAGAAUAAUAGUGAAGACAUCAAAACUAUGACAUGACACAUAGGGAAUCAUGUAGUAACCAACAUUGUUCAAAAUAUAUUUGAGAUUCUUCAAAGUAGCCCCCCUUUUCCUUGAUAACAGCUUUGCACGCUCUUGGCAUUCUCUCAACCAGCUUCAUGAGGAAUGCUUUUCCAACAGUCUUGAAGGAGUUCCCACAUACGCUGAGCACUUGUUUGUUGUUUGUCCUUCACUCUGUAGCCCAACUCAUCCCAAACCAUCUCAAUUGGGUUGAGGUCGGGUGAUUGUGGAGGCCAGGUCAUCUGAUGUAGCACUCCAUCACUCUCCUUGGUCAAAUAUCCCUUACACAGCCUAGAGGUGUGUUUUGGUUCAUUGUCCUAUUGAAAACCAAUGAUAUUCCCACUAAGCGCCAAACCAGAUGGGAUGGCGAAUCGCUACAGAAUGCUGUCGUAGCCAUUCUGGGUGUGCCUUGAAUUCUAAAUAAAUCAGACAGUGUCCCCAGCAAUGCACCCCACAACAUCACACCACCACCUCCAUGCUUCACGAUGAGAACCACACAUGCAGAGGUCAUCCGUUCACCUACUCUGUGUCUCACAAACACAGCAGUUAGAACCAAAAAUCUCAAAUUUGGACUCAUCAGAUCAAAGGACAGAUUUCCACCGAGUACAUUGCUCGUGUUUCUUGGCCCAAGCAAGUCUGUUCUUCUUAUUGGUGUCAUUUGGUAGUGGUUUCUUUUCAGCAAUUCCACCAUGAAGGUCUGAUUCACCCAGUCUCUGAACAGUUGAUGUGUCUAUUACUUGAACUCUGUUACAUUUAUUUGGGCUGCAAUCUGAGGUGCAGUUAACUCCAAUGAACUUAUCCUCUGCAGCAAAGGUAACUCUGGGUCUUCCUUUGCUGUGGCUGUCCUCAUCAGAGCCAGUUUCAUCAUAGCGCUUGAUGGUUUUUGCGACUGCACUUCAAGAAACUUCCAAAGUUAUUGAAAUAUUCUGCAUUGACUGACCUUCAUGUCUUAAAGUAAUGAUGGACUGUCUUUUCUCUUUGCUUAUUUGAGCUAUUAUUGCCAUAAUAUGGACUUUGUCUUUUACCAAAGAGGGCUAUCUUCUGUAUACCACCCAUAUCUUGUCACAACACAACUGAUUGGCUCAAAUGCAUUAAGAAGGAAAGAAAUUCAACAAAUUAACUUUAACAAGCCACACCUGUUAACUGAAAUGCAUUCCAGGUGACUGCCUCAUAAAGCUGGUUGAGAGAAUGCCAAGAAGUGUGCAAUGCUGUCAAGGCAAAGCGUGGCUACUUUGAAUAAUGUAGAAUAAAACACAUUUUGAUUUACCACUUUUUUUGGUUACUACAUGAUUCCAUAUGUUUCAUAGUUUUGUCUUCACUACAAUGUAGAAAAUAGUAAAAAUAAAGAAAAACCCUGGAAUGAGUAGAUGUAUCAACUUUUGACUGGUACUGUAUGUAUAUUGUUUUAGCAGUUUUUUUUUAUUACAUAAACGAUAAUGGGAUGAAUCUAUUGUAUGCUAACCCUUGAUCACUCUAAAUCCUGCAUGUAUUGAAUGUUUUUAUAUUGUACAUAUGAUAAUGAAUGUAUGAAAAAAGGCUUGUGAAUAGGACUACAUUAAUAAAAUAAUUAAAACCUUAA